AUGGUCGUGCACGAGAUUCAUUCCCAGGAAGAGUUCAAAGAAGUUCUCGAAAACCACUCACUGGUCUUUGUUGAGUUCUGGGCUACCUGGGUCGGCCCCUGCCGUGUCAUCAAACCCUUAAUCGACAGACUAUCAAAGAAUGCCGAGAACGAACACGUUUUCUUUUGUUCGGUCGAUAUAGACAAAGUGUCCGAAGUCUCUGAAGAUCAGGGCAUUAGAGUAACUCCCACAUUGAUGGUUUUCGAGGACGGGGUCAAGCAGCAUGAGGUUAUCGGGGCGAAUCCUCCGGCUAUUCAUGCGAUGCUGCAGAAGGUUUCUAAGAAGGAGUCGGAGACUUGA